AUGCAGAUCCGGUCCUGGGAUUGCGGUCCUGCAGCUACAUACUACUCUGUUAGACGUCCUGGACAGGUCAUCAGAAAUAAACAUGUCCGCCCCGUUAACCCUGUGUCCACCUUUACCUCUUGCAUGUACAGGAAGAACUCCCCCUACAGGACACUGGAGCCGGUGCGCCCCCCAGUGGUGCCCAACGAUUAUGUCUCCAGCCCCACCAGAAGUAACAUGGCGGUCGGACAGGUUCCCAGUCCGGCCCGCACCGCCACCCUCAACCAUCGACCCCGAACGUACAGUGGCAGCAGCGGAGGCAGCCAUCCCAGCAGCAGCAGUCGCAGCAGCAGCAGGGAGAACAGCGGCAGCGGCAGCGUGGGCGUUCCCAUCGCCGUGCCCACGCCCUCCCCGCCCUCCACCUUCCCAGUUUCCCCGACUGCUGGACCAGCUAGCUCCUCCUCCACUGCCCCUAACUCCUCCCCCUCCCCGACUCCUUCCUCCUUCUCCUCCUCUUCCUCCACCGCAACCUUAACACAACCCAACGCACCCUUGCCACCAAACUCCCCCUCACAACACGCUGACUCGUCUCCUCAACCAAACUCGCAAUCAAACGCACCCGCCAACCCUUCCCCGCCGUCUGACCCCGCCCCCAGCACGCCAGAGGUCCAGUCAGGUGUUCUGCCUGAAGAGCUGUCUCCUCUCCUCCCUCCUGCCCCACCUCCUCCACUCUCCUCCUCCUCCUCCUCAUCAUCACCUGCCGAAGGCCCUUUCGUCCCUCAGUUCUACAGUAUGAACCGGCCUCAGCCUCGGCAGCAGGCUCAACAGGUGGGGGGGUCUCUGCCGUACCGCCGCCCCCCCUCUGUGACCGGUCAGCCGAUCUCUACAGAGAACCAGGUCAACGGUGGUCCCUACUACAACCAAAGCCCAGUAUCGGUUCUCGUGACGUCCCUGUGUCAUGUGACCCCCCCAGGCUUCCUGCCUCCCAUCACCCAGCCCGAGAAGUUCUUCCUGUCCCAGCUGAUGUUGGCGCCGCCCAGGGAUCUGUUCAAGAAGACGCCCCGACAGGUGUCCUGCAUGGACGCCGGCAACAUGCCCCAGUCCAUCGACAUCAGUGGGCUGCAGCUCGCCUUAGCAGAGCGUCAGUCAGAGCUGCCCACGCAGAGUAAAGCCAGCUUCCCCAGCAUCCUCAACGACCCCGAUCCGGACUCGUCCAACUCGGGAUUCGACAGCUCAGUGGCGAAUCAGAUCAUAGAGUCUCUGGUCACGGGGCCCCGCCCUCCGCUGGAGAGUCACUUCCGCCCCGAGUUCAUCCGGCCGCCGCCUCCUCUGCACUUGUGCGAGGACGAGCUGGCGUGGCUGAACCCCACCGAGCCGGAUCACAGCAUCCAGUGGGAUCGCUCCAUGUGUGUGAAGAACAGCACCGGCGUGGAGAUCAAACGCAUCAUGUCCAAGGCCUUCAAGAGCCCGCUGUCGGCCCAGCAGCAGUCCCAGCUGCUGGCUGAGCUGGAGAAGGACCCGAAGCUGGUCUAUCACAUCGGCCUGUCCCCGGCGAAGCUCCCCGACCUGGUGGAGAACAACCCGCUGGUGGCCAUCGAGAUGCUGCUGAAGCUGAUGCAGAGCAGCCAGAUCACAGAGUAUUUCUCAGUGCUGGUCAACAUGGACAUGUCGCUGCACUCCAUGGAGGUGGUGAACAGGUUGACCACAGCCGUCGACUUGCCUCCAGAGUUUAUCCACCUCUACAUCUCCAACUGCAUCUCCACCUGUGAGCAAAUCAAAGACAAAUACAUGCAGAACCGCCUGGUCCGCCUGGUCUGCGUCUUCCUCCAGUCGCUGAUCCGAAACAAGAUCAUCAACGUGCAGGACCUCUUCAUCGAGGUUCAGGCCUUCUGCAUCGAGUUCAGCCGCAUCCGCGAAGCUGCCGGCCUGUUCCGCCUCCUGAAGACCCUGGACACCGGAGAAAACCCCACCGAGGCCAAACCUGCCAAAUGAUGGUCCUCGCAGAGACGCUGCAGACGGACGCCUUUAAACCAUCAGAGGGACACUGUUUGGUUCACCAGGAACCGGUGCUGCCGGCUCAAAUGAGUUAAUAUUGUAAAUAAUGUAGUGACGUUUCCUCCAGACUCUAAAUCCUCUUUGAGCUUUGUCACCGUUUCCCCCUUUCCCACAAAGUAAAAAAGGAUUAACGCAGUUCAGCAUUUCGUUUUGUACCUUUUUGUUUUCUUUCCACGCAAACUUUCUCUAAUUAAACUGACCGUUUCAUUGA